AAGACUGCAGGUUCUUCCUCUCUCGCUCUCUCCCUAACUAUCUAUUUGUUCCAAAUUUUUAUAUAUUAGUAUUUUGAAGUUCUCUUUCUUCUCUCAACUGUCUUGUCUGACUGUCUUUUGCUCAAGUGCCCUUGGCUUCUCCACUGGUCCUAAACAAACUUUGCAGGCUUUCUUGUCAGAACCCUCUCUCUCUCUCUCUCUCUCUCUUUCUUUGAGGUAUCUGCCAAAGAUAUAAAAGAACCCACAGAAGACUCUCUAAAAGCUUUUACAAACUUUCUCUUAAACAUUACCCAAACACGCCAAACAAAGCUACACUAUAAACCAACCAAACCAAAAGCAACAACCAAAACCCCACUCUCUCUCCAUGGACUUCCAUCUGAAGCAAUGGAGAAACCAGCAUGAGUCAGAGCAACAACACUCUGCAAAGAUACCAAAACUUCUCCUUGAGCCCCAACAACAGCCACAACCUCCUGCCUCUGCUGCUCUCCCUUUGUUUGUACCUGAACCCAACAGCAAAAUCAGCUCCAUGUCAGCAUUUCCUGAUUCAACAUCAGCUGCCACCAGAUUUCCCAGUAGGAUGGGUAGCUUCUUCAGCUUGGCCCAGUGGCAGGAGCUUGAGCUUCAGGCUUUGAUAUUCAGGUACAUGUUGGCAGGUGUUGCUGUUCCUCCUGAACUUCUUCAGCCAAUCAAGAAAAGCCUUCUUCAUACUCAUCCAUAUUUCCUCCAUCACCCUCUUCAACAUUUCCCACAUUAUCAGCCAGCUUUGUUGCAAUCAGGGUACUGGGGACGUGCUGCCAUGGACCCGGAGCCCGGGCGUUGCCGGAGGACCGACGGCAAGAAAUGGCGGUGCUCGAGGGACGUGGUGGCCGGCCAGAAGUACUGCGAGCGCCACGUGCACCGUGGCCGAAACCGUUCAAGAAAGCCUGUGGAAAUCCCCACACCCAUCACCACCUCCACUACUGCAGCCGGUAGUGGUGGGACUCUCAAAGCCUCCAUUCCCACUGCUGCUCCGCCCUUGGCAACCAUGGCUGGUGGGACCAAUUUCGCUCUUUCAGGAUCAUCCCCUUCCGUUGAUCUCCUUCACCUUAGUCAAAGUUCCUUAGGGUUCAAAACUGAGAACAAUGGCCUCUUUGAAGCCCAAAAUGAGGCAUCAGCGGAUGGUAAAUCUGAUGGCCAUAUCCUGCGGCAUUUUUUUGAUGAUUGGCCCCGAUCAUCGCUUCAAGAAUCCGAUAACACUGGAAGAAAUGCUAGCCCCAUGAACUCUUCCACCUGCCUCUCCAUUUCAAUGCUGGAAAAUUCACCGUCGGAUGUGUCCUUGAAAUUGUCCACCGGCAAUGGAGACGAGCCAGGCUCCAGGGAUAGCAAUGCAGAACCAGGGCAACCACAACUGAACUGGGCUGCUGGGUGGGCAACAAAUCAAGUGGCUUCAAUGGGAGGUCCGCUAGCAGAGGCAUUGAGAUCUUCUACUUCCAAUUCAUCACCAACCAGCGUGCUUCAUCAAUUGCCCCGUGGGCAUGCCACCGAGGCUAGCCUUGUCAGCACUUGAAUUUAGUCGGGAAUUUCGAAUAAUUAAUAAUGUGAUUUUUAUUUUUCAGCUAUUUAUGUUCCUUUCUCA